GUGGAGCCCCCGCGCGUGCUGUGGUGAGCACUGCUAAGGUAUAAGUGAGUUAAUGUCAAGCUGAAACCUUCUUAGUAUUUGUGUGUUCUUGCCAUUCCCUCCAGGUCGUUCAGCUAACAGGAGCAACUCCGUUCUCGCACUAGUCAUGGCAACCGAUCUGUCAAGAGACGAAAUUGAAGAAAUCCGUGAGGUGUUCGAACUCUACGACUUCUGGGAUGGCCGUGAUGGGGAGGUCGAUGCCUUCAAAACUGGGCACAUGCUGUACUGCUUGGGUUUGAAUCCAACCCUGGAGACAGUCAGAAAGAAUGGAGGAACCGACAAAUUAGGUGAGAAGGCAUAUAAGCUGGAAGAGUUCUUGCCCAUUUACUCUGCUGUUUCAAAGGAAAAAGACACUGGUACCUUUGCUGACUUCAAUGAAGCUUUCAAAACUUUCGACAGAGAGGGCCAGGGUUUCAUUUCUGCUGCUGAAAUGAGACACGUUCUUACAUGCUUAGGUGAGAAACUCAAGGAUGAGGAAGUGGAUGAUAUUAUCAAGGCCACCGACACCAGGGAAGAUUUGGACGGAAAUGUUAAAUACGAAGAUUUUAUCCAGAAAGUAUUGAAAGGCCCAGAAUAAAUCAAUCAAUCACAAGGAUUCACUUUCAUCUUUUGAGAUCAAGUCCUCCCCCCCCCUAUAUAGUAUUUAUUGAAGACUGGAAACAACACAUGACAACAAAGAAAUCUUUACACUGGUGUCAACAAGUCGUUCAAAACAAUCUGAGUGUGUGAUUAUAACACUUCUGUGUUUUUUUUUUGUUCAUAAUUUUAUUUCAAUCUUCUCCAUCAAACACCCCACCACUAUUUACAUGCUAAACAAAAACAAUGGGGGGGUUAGGUUAGUUGGUUAAACUUCAUAGUUAUUUGAACGAAAGCACUGACCUAAAGAAAAAAGUUUUUGUGUUUGUUUUUGACAUUGUGUGUAAUGUCAACUUGUAAAUAAAUGGAUUUGUAUAACAUU